AUGUCUCAGUCGUCACCUCGACCGUCGGUCGAUGGCCACGGCCAUGUAGCACCACCUUUUCUUCACACUUUGACCCAGCGCCUGCGCAAAGGUUCCAGCGCAAGCUCGCAAUACACGGAUUCUGCUCCAUCCAAUCCAGUGACUGUCGACCCACUGUCCAAAACAGAGGCUACCCGGGCCGCGAGACGAAUGAUAUUAUCUCUCGUCAGAGACGACUGGGACUGGCCGAAUCUCCCACCAGAAGCACUAGCAGACGACAAUAAGAGAAUUCUACCUCGUGAACCCAUCUCCUUCCGCUUGCGCGAAGAGGCCCAAUCCGACAUUGAAGCCGAGGUCCCGCACAACAAACGACGAUCAAAGAGCGACCCCUACAAAUUCGAAAGUCCUGACACGGUUGGUGAUGUUAUAGCCGAGCGGAGGAGAAAACGCAGGAAGCAAGCAGAAGAAGAGAUGGCAUACAACGAAGGAUUAAGAAUCUGGCAGGAAAGGCGCGAUGCAUGGACCGGAGCGUUACAGCAUAGGCCCUACAAUAACAGACCUACGGAGAGACGGCCUUCCCCGACGACAAAGCGACCAUCCUACAAAUCUCGGCUGUCCCAAGUAUUUGUCCGGGACAAGGCAGCCGACCACAACCCUCGUGCCCAUUCACAGUCACUCUCCACUGAUGGUGGCUCGAGCUGGCCAGCUUCACCAGUUUCUCCCACUCCAGAAUCUUCUAGUAUCAACAGUCUGGAAGCGGUCACUCCUGGUAUCACCACCGGUACCACCACAAACACAACUGUCGAACCCAACACUCCACUUACUCCCGUCUCCACCACGGUACCGACGGCGUCGUCCUCCUCGACUACCGAGCCAGGCCCGUGGCUUCCAAUAUACCCGCCAAUGCUGCCGAAAGACGAUAUAAUCAGCGAAAAGAUCAAACCCGCCGCGUAUCCGACAAUCUACAGCAAGAUAGUGGUGCAAGGACUGUCGCCCAAUAUCCCCAUCCCACUCAGCCACAUGAUCCCCGCUCUCGUGGAAGGUUGGAAAUCCGAAGGCAAUUGGCCUCCUCAGCCCAGCGCUCCGCUUGCGGCGGACGUGAAGAGAGGACGAAAAUCCUCCACCUUUGCCAAAUGGCGGAAAGAGCAUUCCGACAACAAGCAACAGGGUGGGGAAGUCGCCGUCGUGGGCAGCAGCCGCACAAACGAUGAUGAAGCAGCAGGCCAACACAGAAGCAGCAUCCGCCGGAGUAUCGGCAUGAUGCGUAAAAUGGGAUCCUUCCUCGGCGGCGCCAUGAGCAGUACCGACGGCCUGGAUGAGCUGGGUAUUGAGUUCAGCGAAAAGGAUCAAGCGGGAUUAGAUCGGAACGUUGCAUUGAAUAAAGGGUUAGUUCACUAG